AUGUCUCUUAGUCAAAAUAAAUAUUCUGAUAAUAACCCCUUCUCAGUUAAACAAAAUAAUACUACUUACAAGUAUCACAUUAUUAAUGAAGGAUUUUAUCCACCAAAAGAUAAACUAUGUUAUACUUCAGUGCGUUCUCACAAUGGGGGUCAAUAUAAAAUUCCAGAUAACUAUUUGGUUCAAACUAGUUGGGGAAGGAAUAAAUCAAAACAUAUAAUAGAAUGUAAAAUUAAAUAUGAGUUAAAUGGACCAAUUUUUAGAAUUAGAUUUCAAGAAGAUUCUCAACAAUAUAUUAUAGAAUCUAAGGAAUCUCCAAGUGCCGCAGCUAAUAACUAUUUAUGGGUCCAACGUGAAAGAAAAAAUUGGUCUUCUUCUUUUAGACCAUUUAAUACAUUGAGUGAAUCCAUGAAAACGAAGUGUUCCCGUGCAUUCUCUAUACAAUUAGGCGAAGCCUUUAAAAAUGAGAUCCCUAACUUUUUUAAUUCUAUCGAUCAACCAGUUUUACAAGAAGUUCGAUUCCAUGUUCAAGAUAAGGACUACUUGGCCAAUUAUCAUAAUAAAGAAAAGACCAACUCUUUUGACACAUUUGUAAAAGUUAUUGAUCAAGAUCAGAUUUCUCGGAAUGCUUACCAAAAAUUAGCUGUACUCCAACCAGAAUUACCACGAGAUCACAACAUUUCAGGCAUAAGAAAAAAAAUAAAUGAGAAAAUGGAUGAAAAAGUUCCUAUUAAUAUUGUAAAUGUUAAGAAUGUACCUCUUGUAACAACAAAUGAAGUACCUCAUAUUAAUGAUCAAGAAAUCGAAGAGGAGAUGUUUAAAUACAUUGGAAAAGCUGGAUAUAGACGAAUUACAAAUAUUUUGCUCUUUAUAAUUCCAGAUCUUGUUAAACAAAAUAUUCUCAAUAUAAAUAAUCCAGACGAUGGUAAAAGCACGGAUAGAAAGUCUGCAAUUUUCGAAAUUCUCAGUUAUGAAAAUCGGCUAUUACACUUUAUCCAAAAUUUAAAUUCUAAUCAG